AUGUCUUGCUGUGGUGAAUCUAGGACUGAUGCUGAAAAACGAGACCAGCAAGGUCAGCAGCAACAACAAGCCCAGUAUAAUGCGUGGAAUCAGGCCAAUGCUCCGAUUACCCAACAGCCAGGAAUGCAACCUCAGCCCUCGUUCUCCCAGUAUCCAAACCAAUUCGGAAACCCUGCUGGCACCCCCAACCAGUUUGGCUAUCCCAAUGCCAGUAUGAACGGAUAUCCCCAGCAGCCCCCGACGCCUUCUAUGCACCAGCAGCAAGCUUCGGGUGGAGCCAAUAAUGCCUGGCCUAAUCAAACGGGCUCCCAAUUCGGAGUUCAGCAACCAGCAGCAGCUCACGUCAAUCCUGCACCCACCCCGCCAGGACAAACUCAUGGUUCAGGCACGUAUACGCCUCUUCUUGAUCCCAAUAUUGUGCGACCUUCGCCCGUUCAUAUGCAAGAUGCAAGGACCAAUACCACCAGUCCAACGCUCUCCGGCAGUGGAACUAGUGGAUGGCAAAGCGGUCCUGGUCCUGGCGUCGCCAUGGCCUCUACAAUCGCUCAACCAAUGUCUCCUGACGAAGGCAAACUUUCUAUCUCUAUUGAUUUUGGUACUACAUUCUCUGGUGUUGCUUAUGGCUCUUCUCGUAUCGCAUCGGGCAAGGUUCAACAAAUCCUUCAUUGGCCCGGCUCUUUUGAAACUUUCCGUAAAAUACCUACCUGUCUCCUUUACGAUGAACACGGCAGA